AACAAGAUAUCGCUUUAAUAACACUUAUAAACCAACAUAGGAAAGUUUAAAAAAAAAUAAUGACCUAUUUUUAAAAUAAAUUUUAUAAAAAAAAUUGGCAUUAUUUCUGCAAUGAUAAAAAUAUUAAGAUAAUUCGAUUUUUUCGAAAACUAAAUAUUUAUUUAGCCUACAAAUAAAUAAGAUAAAAACCUUAAAAAAAAAGAAUAAUACACUACCAGCAAAGUUAAAGGAUGGGAAUAAAGAAAUUGUUUCGAGGCCUGUAUGGUUAAAACAUUAAUUACACUUUACCUUAAGUUAAGUGAGAAAUGGGGUUUGCACUGAAAAACUUGUUAUCAUUGUUAAAUCUAUUUUUAAAUUUUAAAGUAACCAUUUUGGUUUUAAUUAUAGCUUUACUUCCGUGUGGCGAUCCUACCCUUACUUCCUUGUGGCAAAUUCUUAGCAACUUUUGCAAAAACCAAAAGCAUAAUUUAAUAUUUUUAUAAUCCUAUAUAAAGGAGAUUUUCUAUCAAAUAAUUACAUGAAAACAAAGUAAAAGAAAACUAACUUUUAUGGGAAUGCUUACUAAAGAACAGAAAAUGUUAUGACUAAUUUCAUUUUGCAAAACAAAGAGAAAAUGAUCAGUUCUCUUUCUCCAUUAUGCAACAUUCAAGAUCAAAAAGAAAAAUGGCAAUAAGUUAGAAAUCUUCUUGUAGCUCACGGUCUUUCUUCCACUGUUUCAGUUGAACAUGUUCGGACAACUGAAUGACAAAACCUAAGAAGAUCAACAAUGGAUAAGUUUAAAAAACUCAACAAAUCUGGUGCUGAAGGUGGUCAAUUAUUCGAUUAUUAUGCACUGUGAUGGAGAUCAUUGGAAAAGAAUCAGCACAUAUUCUACCAGUUAAUGUUGAUGACAUGAGAGUUAGAAAGAAAGUAUUGAUAAAAAAAUUGCCGGAUUCUGUAGACAUCCCAGACCCAGAAAUCUCCAUUGGGCAAGACGCUAGUUCAUCAAGCUCUUGCAUUGUUGUACAAGUUAAUCCAGCCUCUAGCCAAGAGUCUGUCUCUAAAACGUCUGUCGAAACAGUUCCAAAAUCUUUAGCUGCAAGAUCGAUUGCCCAGAAUAUACCAGCUAUAUCUACAAGUACUAAACGUUCUGCUUUGACAAAACGACCGGCAUCAUCGUCAUCUAAAAUCUUUUCGCAUAAUGAGUACGGCACAUUAAAGAAAGCCAAAAUCAAGCAGAAACUGGAUAUGUUAAAUAAAAAGGCUGAGUACAGAGCAGAACGUCAUCUGAUGGAGAAAAUUGGUUUAUAGCGGAAACCGAAAUAGUUAUUCUUGAGUAACAACUUCUCCGAGCUCAAAUCCAGUCUUUAACUCCUCAAGACGCUCAAACAUCCGAACCAAAUACUUUCAUUCUUAGUAAAUCAUAAAAACUUUUAUAUUUUUUUUAAAGUUUUAUUACAGAACUUAAUUAAAUUGUUGCAGCAAUUAAACUGUUUAAAAAUUGUUGCCUAAACAAAUUUAAAACUUUUUAUAUUUUUAUUAAGGAAUAUAUUAUGUACUAACUCUAGAUUUAAAAAUCUGUAAAAUUUGAG